GUUGAGGAGUAGGCUGACGUCAGGCAGGCUUUAGUAUACCUUUACCAUCUUGUCAACAGAGACACAUCAUGUGAGACUGGAGACAGACUGGAACUACGUCGCAUUUCACACUGGGAACCCAUUUGGACUACAUAAACAGCAGAAGGAUUGUUUUUUAACAGUUUCAGGGCCACUAUGUCGCCUUGAAAUAGGCCACAUAUCCCCUUUGCUGUUUUUAUUAUAUUUAAUUGUUUUGUUGUACAAAUCAUGUAUGUGGGAUACCUUCUGGAUAAAGAAACCGGCAUGUAUCACCAAGGGCCAGUAAGAAGAUCGAGCAUCAAUCUGCCUCCACAGAACUUUGUUUCCACGCCUCAGUACCCCGACUUUACAGGAUACCAUCAUGUGCCAAACAUGGAUACGCACGCUCAGUCCACGGGGAGUUGGGGGCCCACUUAUGGCGCCCCACGGGAAGACUGGGGUGCAUAUAGUUUGGGACCACCUAAUACUAUUCCUACACCCAUGAACAACUCCUCUCCCGGACAGGUUCCUUACUGCUCGUCUGAGUACAGUCAUAUGCAUCCUCCAGGAUCUGCGGUGUUACAGCCGCCGCCGGACAACGUAAAUGUUGCACAACUUUCUCCUGAUAGAGAAAGGCGCAAUUCAUUCCAGUGGAUGAGUAAAACUGCGCAAUCAUCUUCUACAGGUAAAACAAGAACGAAGGAGAAAUACAGGGUAGUUUACACAGACCAUCAGAGGCUGGAGCUGGAGAAGGAGUUUCAUUUCAACAGAUACAUCACCAUCAGGAGGAAAUCUGAACUGGCUGUCAACCUCGGUCUGUCGGAGAGACAGGUGAAAAUCUGGUUUCAGAACCGCAGAGCCAAAGAGAGGAAGCUGAUCAAGAAGAAGCUGGGUCAGUCUGACGGCAGCGGGGGAUCCGUGCACAGUGACCCGGGUUCAGUGAGCCCUCUGCCGGUGCCGGGCUCUCUCAGCCCGUCAGACAUCCACAACUCUCUGUACCCUCCUCAGGGAAUGAACACCUUGCCAUCUAUCAGGAAUAUACAACAAGUGACAGUGACUCAGUAGAAGAGCUCACCCUGUGGACAGUACAUCCAACCUAACUGAGCACUCCGACACGCUGACAGGACACUUGGUCUGAACUCACGUCCUGAAGCACAAAGCUGUGGAUAAAAGAUUUGAUUUAUAGCAACGAAAAUGCUGGAGGCUCUUCAAAUAUUGCUUUUUAUAGAAUAGUUCUAAUAACUUUGGGGAUUUUAAAAGAAAAACUAAACAAAAAAUCGACGUGUUUCAAACUUCAAAGCUUUAAAUUGUUUGUGAGUUAAUAAGAUAUAAAUAUCCUUUUUUUCUGUAUGUGAUGAAGUGUAUGUGAAUAAAAUGAGAAUCCAGGGACAUUUUUAAUGAAGUCCUAAAGUGGACUGUUUGUAGCUGGUGCUGCUUUGACUUGACAAAUCGUUUACACAUUCAGCACAGUAUAAUCCGCUUUAGUAAAGCAGGGAGCAGCUGUUCAUGAUACGGGUAGGACGAUCGUUUGAUGGCAAAGUGUAAAUAAAAUGUUGUUUUUUUGCAGUA